UAGAAAGUAGAGUUUGCUUAACGGUAGGGUUUAGAGAGAGAGAGAGAUGGGAGGAAGAGGAAGGAAAAGGAGGGAGAAAAACUACAGAGCUGCGCAUGGAGGCUACAGUCGUCUUCCACCACCGCCAGAUUCUUCCCAAGUCGACGCUUUGCCGUUUAAGCUCCGCCAGAUAAUCUCUUUCACUUCUUCUCUAUCCCAAGGGUCUGCCAAGGAAUCAAAGGAUGUUGAGAAGAAGAGGAAGAAUGAAGAUGGCGCUUCUGAGUUGAAGUCCCGUCCCAAGGAUGAAAUCAUUUCGGAAUCUGCUGGAAUCAGAGAUGUGAAUUUGAAGACACCUCAACAUACGGAUGAUGGUGAUGAUACUCUAAAGAAUAGCAUGAGUGAAAAGAAAAAGAAAAAGAGGAAGAGAAAGCAAGUAGAGGACCUCCGCUUUGAAGCGGCCUUGGAAAAAUCAGGCACAAGUUCUAAACGACGGGAACGCAAGAAAAAAUACCUUGAAGCUAAAAAGAACAAACACAAAAAAGCCAAGACAGAAGAUAAACUAGACUUCCCAGGACGUGAGGAGAUCAAAUUUGGAGAUAUAGUCCAAGCUCCGCCAAAGUUGGCUGCAAUUCCCAAGGCUUCGAAGAAUACACAGGAUGCCUCGAAAGUGCGAGUUAGGUUACAGGCUAUAGAGGACUACAGGAAACGCAGGGGAUGGACCUCAAGGCCGGGAAUUCAUCUUCCCUCGCCCGUAAAUGGAAUGACGGAAUCAUAAUCCCGCUUAUAAUGUCAUCCGCAUUUUUUUUUUCACUUGCACGGGGAUCUCUCUAUCAAAGCUUGUGCUUGUAGUUUUGUGGGUUCUGUGCCUUAUUGUCUGUAGGGAAGAGUUUGAUGUGAGGGCUUAUGGCGUGGAGAUUUCAUGCGUGAAAGGCCUUAAAUUUGGGAAUCAUGUUGACAAUGAGUGGCUUGCUAAUUUCUCCAGUAACAUGGUCCUGACAGUUUUGUUCUUCUGUAUCUUUGAACUGCUUAUGUUUAAUUUAGUUGUUGCAAGUGUAAGUACUAUAAUGUUUUGCAAAACAUAUACAUUUU